AUGUGUUAAAUACGGCUUGGAAGGCCCAAGCCGAUGCCACCGAUGCUUGUGCGGAAAGCGAAAGAACGGGGCGGUCGGGUAUCACAGAGUCAAAUGCUCGGAAGUUGGUAUGCGGGCGGUGAUGACGAAGCAUAGUAAGGAGGAGAAGACACAAACAGGGAAUGUAUCCCGUCGACGGUGAAGGAGAAGGCAAUGGUGAAGAUGAUGAAACACCGACAAGUUGGGUGUCUUGUUCUCAGUCCGCUGACUAUGGUGCCAUUUCCUCCAGAAGUCCCGAAGUUAUUCUUGGAUUAACUCCACUAAACCUGAUGCCUGACAGGAUCGCAUGUGCUGGACAGAAGAGUUUUCCAGUUGCAUGCCCAGUGCACAUCCGAAGUUAUCAUAUGGGGAAGAUCUGCCCCUUUGGACGAUGCUGGAACCGAUUUGCGGGCUCUCUUGACUCUGGCUGACCCUGGCUCCAUUCUAGUUGCUCUCUGAUGACCGAAAGAGAGGUUUAACGUUAAGACAGGUUUGGACUUUUGUUCACUAGU